AUGAAUUCAAACGACCUUGUUAAAAAUAUUCUUCAACGAGAUGUUGAUGAACAAGAUAGAAUAUUAAAAUCAACUGAAGUUAUUAAAGCAUGUCCAGUUGAAAUUGAUCUUGGUAAUUUACUUGUUUGGGAUCCAAAUGCCGUUGACCAACAAGCAUAUAAAGAAAAUCGAGAAGAAUACAUAAAAAAUACAAUGCGUGAUAAUAUGCAAUUACUUGUCAAUGCUUUAUGGGAGGUACCUAUUGAACGACAUGAUAAUGCAAUUGUUGCUAAACUACCAGACGCAAAAACUAUUGUACCACGAGAAAAACCAGUUCCUAAACCAAAACCUUUAACUAAAUGGCAAAAAUUUGCUCAAAGUAAAGGUAUUGUCAAACAAAAGAAGAGUAAAUUCGUUUGGGAUGAACAGAAAAAAGAAUGGGGUCGUCGUUUUGGUUAUAAAAAAGCAAAUGAUGAAUCAAAAGUAUGGCUCAUGGAAGUACCAACCAGUGCUGAUCCGAAUGAAGAUCAAUUUGCUAAAAAAUCAGCAGCGAAAAAAGAACGUGUAGCUAAAAAUGAAUUUCAACGUCUCAAAAAUAUUGCCCGUGCAAACAAAAUAAACGUUCGAAAUGACGGUGCGAUUAUCAAUAAAAAAUCAACAACUAACGAUGUAAAAAAAGCUUUAGCAACAGCCAAAUAUUCUGAUGCUAGUAUGGGUCAAUUCUCUGAACGUGCCGUAGCUAAUGAAGAACAACAAACACGUGGAUUUAAUAAAAAACGAAAAUAUGAAUCCAAUUUAGGUAGUUUGAAAAAUGAAAAAGAUAAGCAAUUAAAGAUUUUUGAACAAUUGGGCUCAUCAACAACGAAAUAA